UUGCCUCUGAACAGCUCUCUCAAGAUCAACUGCCUCCCCGUUGCAUUCCUUGCCCUGAAGCUGUUUCCUCUGGUUGUGCUGAGGGCCGAUGCCCAAGGUGCAUCACUUUUCAAGAACUGGAUCAUGAACAACUCAAACAACUCUAUCCUCCUAGAAGAACAGCUCAUCAAGAAAUCCCAGCAAAAGAGAAGAACUUCUCCCUCGAACUUUAAAGUCCGCUUCUUUGUUUUAACCAAAACCAGCUUGGCGUAUUUUGAGGACCGUCAUGGGAAAAAGCGCACCUUGAAGGGCUCUAUUGAACUCUCCAGGAUCAAAUGUGUCGAGAUUGUGAAAAGUGACAUUAGCAUCCCUUGCCACUACAAGUAUCCUUUUCAGGUUGUGCAUGACAACUACCUCCUGUAUGUGUUUGCUCCAGACCGUGAGAGCCGGCAGCGCUGGGUGUUGGCCCUUAAAGAAGAAACGAGGAAUAAUAACAGUUUGGUGUCCAAGUAUCAUCCUAAUUUCUGGAUGGAUGGGAGGUGGAGGUGCUGUGCUCAGCUGGAGAAGCUUGCAGUGGGCUGCACCCAGUACGAUCCAACCAAAAAUGCUUCAAAGAAGCCUCUUCCUCCUACUCCUGAAGACAACAGGCGAUCACUUCAGGAGCAUGAAGAAACCCUGGUCAUUGCCUUGUAUGACUACCAAACGAACGACCCUCAGGAACUCACGCUACAGCGCAACGAUGAGUACUACCUGCUGGACAGCUCUGAGAUUCACUGGUGGAGAGUUCAAGACAAGAAUGGACACGAAGGAUAUGUACCAAGCAGCUAUCUGGUGGAAAAAUCUGCAAAUAACCUGGAAACCUACGAGUGGUACAAUAAGAGUAUCAGCCGAGACAAAGCUGAAAAACUCCUUUUGGACACAGGCAAAGAAGGAGCCUUCAUGGUACGGGAUUCCAGGACUCCAGGCACAUACACCCUGUCUGUCUUCACCAAGGCCAUCGUAAGUGAGAGCAACCCCUGCAUAAAGCACUAUCACAUCAAAGAAACAAAUGACAACCCCAAGCGAUACUAUGUGGCUGAAAAGUACAGCAAAGCUCUAACCACAGCCUUUGGCUUUUUAAUCAACCCAGGCCUGGUCACGCGCCUUCGCUACCCUGUUUGUUCCUGGAGGCAGAAAGCCCCCAUCACAGCUGGGCUGAGAUAUGGGAAAUGGGUGAUCCAUCCCUCGGAGCUCACUUUCGUGCAGGAGAUCGGCAGCGGGCAGUUCGGACUGGUGCAUCUUGGCUACUGGCUCAACAAGGACAAGGUGGCCAUCAAAACCAUUCAGGAAGGAGCUAUGUCUGAAGAGGACUUCCUAGAGGAGGCUGAAGUCAUGAUGAAACUCUCUCACCCCAAACUGGUCCAGCUGUACGGGGUGUGCCUGGAGCAGGCCCCCAUCUGCCUCGUGUUCGAGUUCAUGGAGCAUGGCUGCCUGUCGGAUUACCUGCGCAGCCAGCGGGGGCUCUUGGCUGCAGAGACCCUGCUGGGCAUGUGCCUGGACGUGUGUGAGGGCAUGGCCUACCUGGAAGAGGCGUGUGUCAUCCACAGAGACCUGGCUGCCAGGAAUUGCCUAGUGGGAGAAAACCAAGUCAUCAAGGUGUCGGACUUUGGGAUGACAAGGUUUGUCCUUGACGAUCAGUACACCAGCUCCACAGGCACCAAGUUCCCGGUGAAGUGGGCGUCCCCGGAAGUCUUCUCCUUCAGCCGCUACAGCAGCAAGUCGGAUGUGUGGUCAUUUGGCUGUGCCUUGAACCACAUCAGCAUGAGCCUUAGAUGUCCUUUGAAACCUGAAGACCGGCCACCCUUCUCCAGACUCUUCAGUCAACUGGGUGAAAUUGCAGAAUUGGGACUUUAGCAGAGACUCAGCUGCAGAUCCUGAGCCAGAAGAAGUCCUCCCUCCACAGAGCAUUAAAAGCUGCCACCAGCCUAGGACUCCCCAGGGGCAGUUGGCCUCUGGUGCCAGUCCCGGAGCUGCCAGGGAGGCAGCACCUUGACAGAGGCUGGCACUCCGCCACCAGCAGGAGCCUCAGCCAAUGAACUGGGAGCCAGGCCAGGCAGCGGCCAUGUCUCCACCCUCCCUCCAGCCUCUUAUCUCGGGUGGUGCACAAACCUCCAUCUGACAGCUUUCAGGCAACCUUUCUUGCACUUUUUCUUAGAGAAAGAGAGUGGGUAGGACCCUGGAUUGUUGUUUUAUUAUUAUUAUUUUAACCAUGGAUCUAAGGUUAGUGGUCAGGGACUUUUUAUUUGACUUGACAACACAAAAUCCCAGGGAUGGGGCAAGAAGAAAAGCAGCAUGCCUCCUGAUCAAGGAGAACUGUGAGUUAAUUCAGGUCAGAAAGAGCGAGCUCCUCGCAUGAUGCUGUCAGCCACAGCUUCCUGCCAACGUGGAGGGAGGAGCAGCUGCUCACAUCAGAGGCCGGAUAUUCUGAGAAGCAGCUAUGUGAGGUUUUACUCGGAGCACACCGCCACCUUUCUCCUUGAAGGCAGCCUUAUGGAUUUGGGUGGACAAUUCUGAUCCCACGGGGGGAGCGUUGGGUAUCUGGUGUCUGCGCAGAAAGAGGGCAUCUGAUGGUAGGGAACCCGCUGAGAAAGACCUUAUAUUGUUACCACACCAAUUGUUCCCCUUUAGUACCGAGCCAGGCAGGUGACUAUGCCUCCCUCCCCUCUGCACAGAACGCCCGCAGGCAUCCUAGGAGGAAAUGGCUGCUUCUGAACACAGACUCUGAGGACUCUGUCACCUGCCACCCCGCCUCCAGGAGUCAGGCCCCUGUCUGCACUCUUCCAUCAACAACAGAGGGCAGCCUUGCGUUGUGCAGCAUGGCCUUGUAGAGAAAUACAAACCUGUUUAAGCCCUAGAAAUUCACAGCUUUACAGUUGAGACUUGAAGUAUCCCAAAGUUCUGGGAGAGGAACAAGGGGUCUGUUCUUUCCCAAACCAUAUGGAUGUAAACUGAGUCAGGCACUAAGUGAGGUGCUCGUGUAGCAAUGGCCACUGUGGACUGAGCACCUAAAUAGGCAAAGAGAAAAUGUACUGAGCUAUAAGCCUUCUCUGCAAUUCACCCUGAGUUCACCC